GUUGACAGUAGGGUUCGCCAUUUUUAGUUACUGCUCUUUGGCAAUUUCACUUUCAUGUCGACACUUCAUUUUGCUGAACAAGGUGAAGUGAAAUGGAGGAAGACGAUCUGAAGAUAAACCAUCAUCGGGAUGGUGUUCCUUUAGAGCCAGUCUACAAAGAAUCAGGAAAUGAUGCGAUUGAUGGCGAUGAAGCAGACUAUUUGUACAAACCAAAAAAAAGGAAAAAGAAGAAGAGAUCGUUGAAAGAUUAUCACAAAUCACCUCUGAAUGAACCCAUGAAGGAGACCCCAUUCGAUUCUCAUACUUCUUUGAAAAGGAUUGACUAUGUCUUAGUGUAUGAGAACAAAGAAAUUGAAACGCUUGAUAAAAAAGAACGGAAAAAAUUUGAAAAAAAUGAAAAACUCAGGGAGCGAUUUGAACAAGUCCUUGUGAAUCAAGAACAUUUACAAAUUGAGAAAGAAAGAGUCGGAGAGGUGACGUUUUUAAAAAUUCAUUGUCCGUUUCCUAGGAUGAGUCAAGAGGCUGAAAGUGUUCAUUUAGAAAUGCCGCUAAGAGAGGGUGCUAUUCCAGAUGAUGAAACACAUGGCAGCUGUUAUAAUUACUUUGUCACAGACAAUGAACAGGACUAUGUGAGUGCAUCAUAUGAGACUGCUAAAAGACAUGUAUUUAAAGGUUUUGAGGAUCCAGAGACCUUCUUUAGACCAGCUUUGCGUUCCUAUUUGGUGAACCAUAUGCUAAUAAACUUGGAUAUCACUGAGAACACAGAUGAGAAGGACGAAGAUACAUUACGUAGAAAAGGGCUUCCAUAUUUAUUGAUGAAAGAGGCGUACACAGAUGCCUUCAUUCUUCAUGAUGAAUCACCAUACGAAUAUUACAAGAGAAAAAAAGAUGCUGGAGAAGAAGUCCCAACGAAAGAAGAAUUUGAGAAACAUGCUAAAGCCGAAAACAUUGAAGAUCCGCGUAAAGAGUUGAAUGAUACAUGGUGCCGUUUUACUAAGUUUCAGCCCCUGUGGAAGAUCAGGAAUUAUUUUGGGGAGAAAAUUGCUUUCUACUUUGCUUGGUCUGGCACACUUAUUACCACCCUCUGGAUUCCAACGCUAUUAGGAGUGGCUAUCACCUUGUAUGGUUUAUAUCUAAGUGUUGAGGAAUAUGAAGCCCAAAAGAAUCAAGUCUUCAAUUCUACAGCCAAUGUAACAUUCAACAAUACUGUUGGUACAACGCCAGCGUCAGUGGUCGGAGAGUUGAAAAAUUUAGGAAUGGACAUUUAUUCCAUAAUUAAACAGUCAUUUGACAACUCAGUAACGCCGUAUUUUUCCAUCGUUAUCUGUCUGUGGGGUACGCUGUUCCUUGAGAUAUGGAAGCGUACAAAUGCAAGGCUUGCAUACGAAUGGGACGUGGAUAACUAUGAGUUCAAUGAAAUUGACAGACCACAGUUCUAUGGUACUAAAGAAAGAGUCGUACGUAAAAAAGACAUUUUAUUCAAGUUUCCCGGGAGUUUGAUUUGA